AUGCCGGCGCCUGGCCCGAAGGACGGCCACGCCUCUCGAGCGUCGAGGGAUUUAAAGCUCACCCGUGGCGCGUCUGCAAAAUCGAACGGGUUUAAAUACGGCGGCGGGGGUCGUGAUUUGGACCACGGAGGAGGACAAGGAGCAGGAGGCGUAAGAACGGGAAUUUCCAACUCUCUUCGUGACCAACGGAGUCGGAAAGCGUUACAGAGGAAGUUCUUCGAGCGGAAACGGAAGCGAGAGGAAGAAGAAGAAGACAAAGAAGAAGAAGAAGAAAGAAAAGACCGUUUUACUACGCGCGACGACGACGAAAACUUCGACGACGAAACGAAGACGAAGAAGAAACGACGGAGAUUGGACGAGGAAAGUGAAGGAGAGAAAAGAGAGAAAGAGGAGGAGGCAAAAGAGGAAGCGGACGCGGUGACGAGUUCGGAUCCGAUUUCAACGAAAAAAGAGAGUAAAAUACUAAUAACGUUUCCGUGGUUGUGCGACGUUUGUUUUGAAGGAGAAGGAAGGAAAGUCGUCGCGCAAUCGGAGCAUCAGAGGAACGAUCAUUUGAAUUCGAAGAAGCAUAAGAAGAAUUGCGAGAAGCGACGCGGGAGGGAGUUGUUGCGAACGAUGUUCUUCGCGGAGAAGAAGGAGACGACUUUAGGGACUUGA